AUGUAUAAAUGCAUGGAUGUUAAUCGUUUUCAUUUCAUUGAAGGUGAUACUGAUUCAUCUUAUUGGGCAAUCGCUGGCGACCCAAAUCUUCCUAACACUCAAGUAUUUCAAGCAAUUGUUACCGAUAAACAAUUUUAUGAUAAAAACAUUUUCAAAUUCGCACCAUUUGAUUUCUUCUGUUUUGAUGAGAAAUUUAAACCUAAAUUAAAGAAUAAAGCUGAAGAAAAAGCACAUGAGAAGAAGUUAUUGGGUUUAGCAAUUGAGAAACAAGGUGAUAACAUGGUUGCUUUAUGCCCUAAGUGUUAUACAUCAUUCAACGGUUCAAUUGAUGGAAGUGAUUUUAAAAAGAUUGCACAAAAAAUGAAAGGUGUUAGUUUACGACAAAAUAAACAAUUAACACCUAAAAAUUAUUUGGAUAUAAUAAAUGAUAAAGUGAUAUUUGAUGGUCAGAAUAUUAAUUUACAACUUAAAAACGGGUCAAUGACUCGCUUAACAAUCGGUAAGACUGUAUUAACAGGGGCACACACUAAGGCUGUAUGUUGUGAAAAUGGAUGUUGUAUGCCAUUUAUUUAA